AAUCCCAUAAUUAAAAAACAAACCGCUUUAUUAUUCUUAUCAUCAGCUAUUGUUAUUUCUAGGUUUUUCUAAUUUAAUUACAAGUGUAAAAUGAUCGUACUUAUUGUCCAGCCUUGGAAAUAUGUAUGCUUUCGUCCAAUGAACCUAAUCAGUGGAGCUUUUAACGCGGAGAAAGCAACAGGUUAGUGUAAGAUCGAAAGUAAUCAAAGAUGGCAACCAUUGGAAGUAACACGACCUUUGACCUCAGUCCCAAGACCCUGGUGGGCGUGGGCGUGGGCCUGGUGGCGGUGGGCGGGGCCAGUUACCUACUGUACCGCCACCUGACCCGCGAUGUGAUGCCCCAAAAGUGGAGACGCGUGGGCACCGUGGAGAGGAUCCACUUCUUCCCGGUCAAAUCCUGUGCUGCUUUGGAGAUCUCGAAACCUGGAGUGGAGUUCGACUGCGAUGUGCUGUGCAUGUCCUUUGAGGGAAUAAGGGAUCGCACCUUGAUGGUGGUCAACGACAAGAACGAAAUGAUCACGGCUCGGACAUAUCCCCACAUGACCCAGAUUCAAUCAAAGAAGGUAUCGCCUAGCAAGCUGCUUUUCAGUGCCCAGGACCUUCCCGACCUGGAGUUGGAUUUUGAAAGCUUGGAGGGCCCUGGAAAGGAUGUGCGCACGUCCAUUUGGGGUGUUCCCGUAAACGUGAUGCCCUGCGGAGAUCGGAUCAACAGAUGGUUCUCACAGGCCAUCCUGAAGAAGGAGAACGGCCUCAAGCUGGUUCACUACCCAUAUCCAAAGCCAGUAAGGAGAACCGUUCCCGAUCUCAAGGACAUGCCCUUCCUAAGACAGGAGGAUUCGGGAACUUUUAAUGAUGCCACCAGUUUUAUGCUGAUGAACCUUUCAUCGGUGGCUGAUCUUAACACUCGGCUAAAAAAUCCGGUGGAUGCGGCUCAGUUCCGCGGUAACUUCGAUCUGAAAAUGGAUGUGGAUGAGCCCUAUGCCGAGGACAACUGGCAAUGGAUACGCAUAGGCGAAGAUGCCGUAUUCCGAACGGUGGCUCCUUGCACGCGCUGCAUUCUUCCGAACAUAAAUGUGAGGACAGGUGAGAGGGACUCUGACGGUGAGCCUCUCAAGACGCUGAAAAGCUACCGCUUGUUCAACAAAAAAUCACCAGCCAUGGGCAUUCAUUUGGGACUUCGGCUGCCGGGAAAGGUCAAGGCCAACGAUGUGGUGUACGUGGAGGACAAGUGAACACUCCGGUGGCUCUUUCAGCAUUUAAUCCUGUUUACAUUCACAUUUAUUACGUAGAACAUAGAUAAUGAGAGUACCGUAGAGUUUUUAUAUGCAAAUAUACAUGUGUUAUGAGCCUAUAACAAUAUAAACAACUUUAAAGCGCA